AUGACGACCGUUCAGCACCAACCCGUCGCCAACCGGCCACCGUCGCCCUCGCCGUCCCAGCUCCCGCCGGUGCCGGCAUCGCCAACCUACUCGUACGCGUCGACCGCGAACCAGCCCUCGGCAAGCAUGAACAUCUCGAGCUUCAACCUGCCCCUGCCCCCUCCACCUCCUGCGGUGGAAACCGUUCUCACCAAAGCCGAUCUCGCCGCCAGCCAAAAGUCAUACGCCGACCUGCUGUCCUCAGCAAAGACAUAUCGCCUGGCCCUCGCCGCCCUGUCCAACGCCGCCUCCUCCUUCGGCUCCGCCCUGGAGUCAUGCGCCCGCCUGAAGGAGGCUACAUCCGACUCCGUGCAUCUCGGCAACGCCCCCACCGCUGCUGUCACCUCUAACAGCGGCUGCACCGCAGACAGCCUGCUGGCCGCCGCCGGCGUGCACCACCUUAUCGCAAACCACGAGCACAUCCUGUCCGAGACGGUAUACAGGAGCUUCGAGGUGCCCCUCCUCCACGAGCUGGACAAGUGGCGCCGGGAUGUCGAGGAUGAGGAGGCGACUUACCUGGCGGCGGUUAAGCGCCAGUCACAGGAGAUCCGACGCCUCGAGAAGGAGGGCAUGAAGCUGCACCGCCAGCGCGGGCCCAGGAAUGUCUCCAAGUUCCGCACCCACCUGGUCGAGCUGACCACCAAGCUGGACGGCUUGACUAGCAUGCACGCCGACCACAGUCGCACCCUGCUGCGCGAGAGUCAGGACACGAGCGUCAAAAUCCUCGAGUCGAGCUGCAGCCUUGUACGGGCCGAGGUCGACAUCUUCGAGUCGCUCGCGCGCAAGGGCUGGUCCGGCGGCGGGCUGGAUGAGCUCCUGGAGAAGGGCACCGACCUCUUCGCCACCGAGCCGGCGCCCGCCGAGGCCGAGGCCGACACGAGCAAGCUGUUCAGCAUCCUGCCGCCAAAGAGCAUCCUGGCCGACACGGCGUCCGACUCGGGCAUGGGGCUAGCUAGGGUUAUCGGCGGUGGUGGCGGUCGGAAGGGACAUGAGAGGGCAGACAGCCUCGGUGUCGUAUCGGAACCGUACCAGAGCUUGGCCGGCGCCGUCACCAGCCCGGAGCUCAGGGUGGUGCCCGACACCGACAACAUCAGCAUCUUCUCAGCCGACUUUGCCAGCAACGGCAGGCCCAGGAUGACGCGGCCCUUCUCGCCGCAGCCCGUGAGGGUUAACCCGGACGAGGUGAUGGGCGGCGCCGACGACCACUUCCAGGGCGGCGGCAGCUCAAACGUGACGAGCGACGACGACGGGCCCCCGUCGCCUGCCACGAUACGCAACGGUGGGAGGUCGGCAUCCGCCGACGGCUUCCGUAUGCCGUCAUCGCAUACUGACCUGUCGCUGCCAAUGAGCGGAGAUGAAGAUGAGCACCCCUGGGGCAAUAAGAGGAUCUCCUCCGCGGCGUCGGACCCCGACGAGCGGGAAAGGAGGUGGAAUACUACCGAUGACGGGAUGGAAUAG